CUGAUGGCCACCCCGGGCGGCCUUCAGCCACCCAGGGCGGAGAGUGGCACAGGAACAUCUCUGGAACGGGCAGCCCUUCAGGCCACUCCCACUGGGCGGGCAGCGGGCUGCUGCGGUCCGGGUCUAGAGUCCAGGGGCUCUUGGUGUAACCAGGAGCAGAGACCCAGAUAGAUCUUCUUAGGGAUGCUGUGGGUCAAGGUGGACCUCGUGUCCUGCGGCACCUUCACAGACACGGUGCCUGCCAGGCUCCCCAGUCUGGGGCCUGUGAGGCACGGGGAAGGCCUUUGGUGGCCAUGCAUGCAAUGGAAACCAGGCUGCUGGGCGCGGGGAGGCUGGCCAUCAGCCCAGCAUGGCAAACAGCAGCAGCCCACUGGGAAAUGAGCCCCACAGUGCCAGGUUGGGCCCCUGGCCUUGCAUGGACCCUGUGAACACUACCCUGCCCUGCUUCUACAGCCCAAGAUUGGGCACUGGCUCCUGUUUUCCAAAUCUACUCCAUACACCAUGCAAUGGCACAGUGUGGGGCCUGGGAGCAGCAGCUGUGCUGGUGGGACCCAGCACAGCCCUGCGCCACCACAUAAGUUCUCUGAGACCUCUCUGUUCACUUACGGUCUACAAGACAAGCCUUCCUCUCCACAGUCCUUCCUGCAGAUGUUGAACUGUGAUUUCUCUGGCUGGGGACUCUCUGGCAGGGCAACUUUGAGUUUGUGCUUGUGUCCUCGCAGUGCCACUGUAGUGGGACCCUUAGUGCCAAUGAGAAACCGGUUUGGUCCUCAGCCCUGCAGUGCUGCUGCUGCCCUCGAGAAGGGCACAGAGGCCAGCCACAGCUCUGGGGUGGAUGAUGGCAGAGUCUGAGCCAUAUUUGAACCAUGCCAUGACCCCAAGUCACACAGGAGACUGGAAACCUGAGAUGGGAGAGUAUCUGCGCAAAGGUGCUUAGCCAGCCAGGCUCUAGGUGUGGCUGCUGAGCAAGGGCCUUAACACCUGGGUGGGUGGAGCUGGCAAUGGGAGCUCUUCUUACUCUCUGUUGCCAGGCAUAAGGACUUACUGGUGGAGGCAGAGUCAGGAACUGGGGAGUGGGUCUGGCUGGCUGUUGUGUGGCUGGAACCUGGUAAUUCUAUUAGUAUCCUAGCUGUGCAUCAAGGUCAGGGUCAGGUCUUCUUCCAGGCCCCUCAUGGAAGCGGGGUUUCCCACACACCUGUAGCUUUUGGCCCCAGCCAGGGGUCUUGGCCAUCUGAGGUACCCAGGAAAUGUGCCAGGCUAUCCAGGCUGAUUUCCCCUUCUGUUGCACAGACAGUGCAGGUGGACGGAUCAGUGGAAGCCCAACUCUGCACCCUUUCUCAAGGGAGCUUCAACCUCCUUGAGCAUGGACCAGGUCCCAGCCAGCCACAUGUGGUGCUCUUGCUCCAAGUCCCUCUUGAGGGGAGGCAGAUGGCUCCAGGAUCGAUUACCUGUGCAGUCAGGACAGGCAGCCUUCAAGACAGAUCCCAGGAGUACCCCCUUUUUCAGAUGUGUGACAUUCGUGUGCAAUCUUCCUUUUCCCUGAGCCCUGGUCAGCCCCUGUCUCAACGCCAGCUGGUCACAAGACUGCCACAGCAGGAGGGUACUGGCACACAUAAUCCUCCGACCCCAGGAGGUAGCCUGGGGUCAGCCAGAGCCUCUUAGUGCAGAUCCCAGAGUCGGUAAGGGGCUUUUACUUGUUCCACCAUUGUUGAGGGUAGGGUCAGGUCCUCCAUUCCACCUUCCCAUUGCUGUGGGCAGGGAGGUGGCUGUGUCCCCCACAGGCUGAUGAGCAUUGGACAGCUACAGGGACCUGCUAGAGCCUCUGUGAAGUGGGGGUGGGGCAGUUAUUCUUGGAUUCUGCUGGAGGGUAGGAUUUCAGAUUUGUUUAUGCCCGUAGGAGGCACCUUGGAGCCAAAGGUGGGGCAUCCAGCUCAGCACUAGUAUUCAAGUCACCUGGUCACAGGAGGGACCUCAGAUUCCCUGUCCUAUCAGUGGGGUGGAGGUAGGGAAUGAGCUUCCUUCAGGGAAUUGUGGGAGGGGUGCUGGAGCACAGUGGUCCCCAGAAAGCCCCAGGCAGGGCAAGCCUGUGAGCCCGGGAAAAGGCAGGCAGUCCACAUGCAGGCUGCCCUGGGGAUUGUGCAGGCCACAGUAGGCAAAACCUGUGCUAUUAAUAUCUGGCGCGUGAGACCUAGCUGGGUGAUCCUCUUAUGCCUGUGGCUUUGGCUUCUGAAGCCAGCAGCAAGUGUGUGACUUUAGUAUGCUGGGUUCCUGGGACCUCCCAACUUGUAUGCCUCGACUCCCUGCAUAAAGCAGACAGCCUCUGUUUACCAGGGCUCUAGCCCCACCUGGCUCUUUACCUGCUUUGCUGCCCAUCAGAGUUGUUCCAUCCAUGGAGAGCUAGCUCAGGUGGCCAAAGCUCCUGAACUGUUUGGGAAGCUGCUGUGGAUUUAAGAGGAUGUGAUGCCUCCCCUAAUUGCCAGAGUGCAAGCCACACACUCCUGGGACCAUUUCACUCGCUGUGCAGGAGCACCCACCUCCAGGAUCCCUGUGCCCCCUGCAGUCUUAGCCAUGAGCAGCCCCCCUGCUUACCCUGGCAUCAGGAUCUCAGGGUGCUGGGCCCUUGGAGCGGAAAGCAGCAAUGCAGGGUCCCUGGACAGACUCCUUCCACCCGUGGGUACUGGGCGCUCACCCCGGAAGCGUACCACCAGCCAGUGCAAGUCUGAGCCACCCCUGCUGCGCACAAGCAAGCGUACCAUCUACACAGCAGGACGGCCCCCAUGGUACAACGAGCAUGGCACUCAGUCCAAGGAGGCCUUUGCCAUCGGGCUGGGAGGUGGCAGUGCCUCUGGGAAGACUACUGUGGCCAGGAUGAUCAUCGAGGCACUCGACGUGCCCUGGGUGGUAUUGCUGUCUAUGGACUCUUUCUACAAGGUGCUGACACAGCAGCAGCAGGAGCAGGCUGCCUGCAACAACUUCAACUUUGACCACCCAGAUGCCUUUGAUUUCGAUCUCAUCAUUUCCACUCUCAAGAAGCUGAAGCAGGGCAGGAGUGUCCAAGUUCCCAUCUAUGAUUUUACCACCCACAGCCGCAAGAAGGAAUGGAAAACACUCUAUGGUGCAAAUGUCAUCAUCUUCGAAGGCAUCAUGGCCUUUGCUGACAAGACACUGCUGGAGCUCCUGGACAUGAAGAUCUUUGUGGAUACAGACUCUGAUAUCCGCUUGGUGCGGCGGCUGCGCCGAGACAUCAGCGAGCGAGGCCGGGACAUCGAAGGUGUCAUCAAGCAAUACAACAAGUUUGUCAAACCUGCCUUUGACCAGUACAUCCAGCCAACCAUGCGUCUGGCAGACAUUGUGGUGCCCAGAGGGAGUGGAAACACAGUGGCCAUCGACCUGAUCGUGCAGCAUGUGCACAGUCAGCUGGAGGAGAGGAAGCUGCGUUGGGAUAUGGCCGCACUGGCCUCAGCACACCAGUGCCACCCCCUUCCCCAGACGCUGAGUGUCCUCAAGAGCACACCUCAAGUACGUGGCAUGCACACCAUCAUCAGGGACAAGGAGACCAGCCGGGACGAGUUCAUCUUCUAUUCUAAGAGGCUGAUGAGACUGCUGAUCGAGCAUGCACUCUCCUUCCUCCCUUUCCAGGACUGUGUGGUGCAGACCCCACAGGGCCAGGACUACGCGGGCAAGUGUUAUGCAGGGAAGCAGAUCACAGGUGUGUCCAUCCUGCGUGCUGGGGAGACCAUGGAGCCUGCGCUACGUGCUGUGUGCAAAGAUGUCCGCAUUGGGACCAUUCUCAUCCAGACUAACCAACUCACCGGGGAGCCAGAGCUCCAUUACCUGCGCCUGCCCAAGGACAUCAGCGAUGACCACGUGAUUCUGAUGGAUUGUACGGUGUCCACGGGCGCGGCGGCCAUGAUGGCAGUGCGCGUGCUCCUGGACCAUGAUGUGCCUGAGGACAAGAUCUUCCUGCUGUCACUGCUCAUGGCGGAGAUGGGUGUGCACUCUGUGGCCUACGCAUUCCCUCGGGUGAGAAUCAUCACCACGGCGGUGGACAAGCGUGUCAAUGACCUUUUCCGGAUCAUCCCAGGCAUCGGGAACUUUGGCGAUCGAUACUUUGGGACGGAUGCAGUCCCCGAUGGCAGUGAUGAGGAGGAAGUGGCCUCCACAGGAUAGCCUUCCGGGUUAAGCCAUCAGUUCCCACCCCACUUCCCUCUCCCUCCUGCCUGGGACUACCAAGCAAAGAACGUUAAUUGAAGUGACAGGCUAGGGUAGGAGGAUCACUAGGAGUUCAAGGCCAGCUUGAACUAUUUAGCAAGACCCUAUCCUGAAAAAAAGGAGAAGAAAAGAUGUUAACUUAUUUUAAUUUUUUAAAAAAUUACCAAAAAUUUAAUCUAUUUUAUAAAAUAAAUAGAGCUUUAGAAAACAAAAA